AUGUCCAGCAUACCCGAUAAGCGCAAACAGCCCAGCUCUCAGACUGGCGGGACCCCUUACGCAAAGCGACCCCGUCCUUCUUACGCCGACGAAGAAGAUGAAGACGAGAUGGCACCAGCCGUAACUCCGUACGAACGUCCUCGGAACCACCCGAUCUACGGACAGAAGAGCGCUUUUCCCGGUCUCGACACCGCCGACGACGACGAACUCUUCUACGGCCCAGCAGAGGACGGCUUGGAAUAUCUUCGCAUGGUCCGGUCAGAAGCUAAUUCACUGCCCUUCCUGUUUACCGCGCCUCAGCCUACAGAUCCGCCCGCCGAGGAAACCAAACCGAGUGAAGCCGAACAAGACUCCAGCGAACCUCAACCCGAAGAAGAGAAGAAGAAGACGGAUGUCGCCCAGGAAGGCAUCUACAGGGAUGGGGUGUACGUCGCGGCCCCGUUAACUACCGCGACGACACAACCGGAUACCGCCGAACCAGUGCAAUCGGAUGCGCAGUCGAGCUAUUACAACCUCCUACACCACCGGUUCUUGCUCCUCCGGUCGAUAUUAAAAUGCACACCGCCAUCGACCGCCAUAGCGGCGCUGGAUGAGUCGCAUCCGAUAAGUCUGCCGCGACGCUCGAGAGACGCGCGCAAGGAGUGGCGGCGUCUCUUGCUAGCGGCGGACCCGCAGACGGUGCAGCUAGCGUGUAUGGAUAUGGAGAGUGUGUUGGGGGUGCUGGAAGUUAUGGCGAAGCUCAUGUCGGAGAAUAUCAGGAGUGGGGAUGCGGAGCGGGUUCGACGGAUUGGUGCGUGGGCUUGGGGCUUACUGGGCAAGUGUCGCGAUGUUGGGCAGUUGGCGUCGGAGGAGGUGGGUGAGAUUAGGGAUUUGGGGAAACGCGCUGCUAAGAUCUUGCGGAAGAUGCGCGAGGAGGAUGAGAAGAAGCGCUCGGCUGGGGUGGAUGGGAACGUGUCGAGUGGAGAGUCGGAUGACGAGAACCCAGCUGAGGAUCAUCCUCCGGUGGAAGAGGAAGCAAAAGAGAAUGCCGAGGCGCCCAGUGAUCCUGCUGGCGAAUCUCUCGACCACGAUAUGCCGGACGCGGAACAAGAGCCUCCUGCCGAGGAGCUAGAAAUGGCGAAAGCACAGCUACAGGCUAAGAUUGAGCAAGUCGAUGUAUCUAAAUCGGCCGAACCCGAUGCGCAGGAGGACGAGCCUAAGACUGAGGAUAAUGCCGUCGACGUCGCCAUGCAAACCCGGGCCAUGCUGGAUAUGAUCAUUACAGUGGUCGGGGAGUACUAUGGCCAGCGCGAUCUACUUUCGACCCGAGAGCCCUGGAACGACUUGACAAGUUUAAACCCAAGAAUUCCAUGGCCCCCUAAACCCCCUAACCAAAACACCAUGUCCCCCAACCUCGAAAUCACCAUCCCAACAACCAGUCUCUCCCCAACCUCGCCCCCCUACACAGUCUACAACCUAACGCUCCGGCUCCCGCUGCGCUCCUUCACAAUCGCCAAGCGCUACUCCGACUUCCUCGCCUUCCACAAGACCCUAGUGACGCAAACCAACGCCGAGCCCCCCGCGCCGCUCCCGUCCAAAACCUGGUUCAAAAACACCGUCUCCAACGCCUCGCUCCGCGAAACCCGGCGCCAGGCGCUAGAAGCCUACGUCCAGGCCAUAAACGAUGCAGACGAUGCCCGGUGGCGCAACUCGCCCGCCUGGCGCGCGUUCUUGAACCUGCCGUCGGCGGCGAACGCCUCGCAUACGUCGACGAGACUCCAUGCGGCCAUUACGGACCCCGGGAGCGGUGCCGGUGGGGCGAAUAACCCCAUCACGGAUCCGACGCUGUGGCUGGAUGUGUAUCGCGACAUGAAGUCGCAUUUGCAUGAUGCGAGGUUGCAGUUGACACGCCGGGACCAGGAGACGACGCCGCAGAAGCAGCAUGAGAGCUCGGCGCGCGCGAAGAGUAGUCUUGUUAGGGCGGGGAGCUUGGUUGCGGCGUUGGAGGCUGGGUUGAAGGUUAUGGGGGAGACGGCGAAUCGCGCGCAGAGUCCGGGUGGGAGGGGUGGCGAGUUGGGGGAUGGGGAGUUGCGGCGCAGGAAGGAUCUUCUUAUUAAUGCGCGGAAGGAGAAGGAUGGGUUGGAGGAUUUGCUGAAUGCUAUGGCGGCUAAGAGCCGGGUGGAUAAUGCGGUGGCUUCGGUGCAGGAUAAGGAGGCGUUGGUUGGGAGCGCGAGUAGGAAGCCGGCGAGGUCGGGGAGGGUUUUGGGGAAGGAGACGGAGAGGACACGCGAGCUGGAUAACCAGGGAGUGCUGCAGUUGCAGAGGCAGACAAUGGAUGAUCAGGAUCAGAGUGUGGAGGAGUUGUUGAAGAUUAUACGCAGGCAGAAGGAACUGGGCAUUGCGAUCAAUGAGGAGGUGGAGAUUCAGAAUGCCCUUCUGUCGAUGGCUAAUGAGGAUGCUGAACGGGUACACCGCAAGAUCGAUGUCGGAAAGAAGAGGAUAGGGAAGAUUUCUUAA